AAUAAAAAUAAAAAUUAGAGAGAGAGCCAAAAAUAAAAAACUUUAUAGAAUUCCUAUUUCACCCAUUGUCAGUAUACAAUCUCUUCCUUUUUCUAUUGUUCUUCUUUCGUAGAUUUUGAUUUUGAUUCAAUCAACUAAGAGGGUGUGUUUUUUAAUCCCUCUCUGUUACUUUUUUUUUUCUUCUUUCGAUCUCUCAAAAACCUUUCCUUUUACGUGAGUUUCAUGGCAGCCAUAGAUAUGUUCAAUAGCAACACAGAUCUCUCAGAUCCUUUUAAAGAAGAGCUCAUGAAAGCACUUCAACCUCUUACCAACACUGUUUCUUCUUCUUCUCCUUCCCCGUACUCAAACACAGUCUUCGGUUUUAAUCAAACCACACCUCUUGGUCUAAACCAGCUCACACCUUACCAAAUCCACCAGAUCCAAAACCAGCUUAACCAGAGACGUAACACCAUCCCACCAAAUCUCGCCCCAAAGCCGGUCCCUAUGAAGAGCAUGGCCACUCAGAAGCUAUACAGAGGAGUUAGACAAAGGCACUGGGGAAAAUGGGUUGCUGAGAUCCGUUUGCCCAAGAACCGGACCCGACUCUGGCUUGGAACUUUCGACACUGCUGAAGAAGCAGCCAUGGCUUACGACCUAGCCGCUUACAAGCUACGAGGCGGAUUCGCUAGGCUUAACUUCCCACAAUUCAGACACGAGGAUGGAUACUAUGGAGGAGGCAGCUGCUUCAAUCCUCUCCAUUCCUCUGUCGACGCUAAGCUCCAGGCGAUUUGCCAGAGCUUGAGAAAAACAGAGGACGAUCAUCAUCAUCUCCCCUGUUCUGAAACAGAGCUGUUCCCGCCAAAAACAGAGUAUCAAGAAACUGAAUAUGGGUUCUUGAGAUCCGUCGUGAAUUCGUUUUCCGAUGAGUCUCAAGUGGAAUCUUCUUCGCCGGAAUCGUGUAUAACUAAUACUACGUUCUUGGACUUCUCGGAUCCUGGAUUUGAUGAGUUUGGGAGUUUCGGGCUGGAGAAGUUUCCUUCUGUGGAGAUUGAUUGGGAUGCCAUUAGCAAAUUGUCCGAAUCUUAAGGAAAAAAAAACACACAAGACUUUUAAUCUUUUUCUUUUAGGUGCUUGUCUUUCAAUUUCAGUGUCUGAUGAUGAUGAUGAUGAUGAUGAUGAUGUUGAUGUCUCAUAUUAAGUUAGUUGAUCAACUUGAUCUCUACAACUGAAAUUUUUAACAGUUGUCGAGAGAGUCGUCUAGGGUUUGUUUCUCUUCAAACCUUCCUCCAUGGUUUUGGUCUGACUGGUUUAUGUUUCUUUCAAAAACCUUUUGUCAUUGGACCAAUCGGAGAAGUUUCCAUGUGUUUAAAAUUUCUAAUGAAGAAUGUAAAUUAUUUAGUCUU